AUGACAGUCUCUACUACAGCCUUUGAGUCCACUGUGGCCUUCAGCAUAGUCCCUGAGACCACCACGUUUUUCACAAUAAUAUCUCUGCUCCUCAUAGCUUCUACCACAGGCUCUAAGAACACAACAGCCUCUGAGACCACCAUGGUCUCCACCAUCACUGCUGGGACCACUAUCAUCUCCAUUGAAGCUUCUGAGAUCACUCUGGGUUCUUCUGUAACAUCUGUACCCACCAUACUCAUCACUGCAGCCUCUGAGACCACCAGGGCUCCCAGCACAGCCUCUGAGAUAAUCACAUCCUCCACCACAAUGUCCGUUCCGACCACAGCCUUCAGCAUAGCCUCUGAAAUCACCAUAAGUUCUUCAACUAUCCCAGUCUCUGAAAUAACUUCUGAGGCCCUCAAGUCCAGCAUUAUAGCAUCUGUGCCAAUGACAGCCUCUAUCCCAGACUUUGAGGUCUCUGGGGCCUCUACCAAGGUCUCUGAGACCACCAUGGCUUCCACAAUUACAUGGGAAACAUCCACAGCAGGCAAGACUGAACACAGCAUAACUUCUAGUGGGACCAGUACAACCUCUAACACUAAAUCCACCACAAUCUCUGGAGGGACCAGCACACUUGUCAACACUGGAUUCAGCACAGCCUCUGGUGGAACAAGUAGGGGAACCAAUACAGCCUCCAGUACUGGAUCCAGCACAACCUCUGGAGGGACCAGCACAGCUGCCAAUACCGGAUCCAGCACAUCUGGUGGGACCAGUACAGCCUCCAACACUGAAUCCAGUGUGAUCUCCAGUGGGCCCAGCACAACUUCCAAUACUGAGUCUAGCACAACCUCUGGCAGGACUAGUAUAGCCACCAAAACUGGACCCAGUGUGACCUCCGGUGGGCCCAGCACAACCUCCAAUACUGAAUCUAGCACAACCUCUGGAGGGACCAGCACCCCUGUCAACACUGGAUCCAGCACAACCUCCAGAGGUAGUAGCACACCUAUGAACACUGGAUCCAGUGAAAACUCAGGUGGGACCAGUAUAGCCUCCAGCACUAGAUUCAGUACAACUUCUGGUGGGACCAGCAUGCCUGCUAAUACUGGUUCUAGUACAACCUCCAGUGGGACCAGCAUAGUCUCUAGUACUGGAUCCAGCACAACCUCCAAUGGGACCAGCACAGCUACCAACCCUGGACCCAGUGUGAUCUCCAGCAGGACCAGUGUAGCUUCCAACACUGGAUCUAGUGUGACUUCCAGUGGGACCAGCACAGCUGUUAACACUGGAUCCAGUGUGACUUCCAGUGGGACCAGGACAGCUGCCAACACUGCAUCCAGUGCAAUCACAGGAGGCUCUAGCACACAUUCUCUAACUGGAACACACACAACCUCCAAUAGUGUUGGCAUGACUGCUACCACUCCAGUGAAUGAAGUGACACCUAGUGGGUCCCUGAAACCUUGGGAAAUCUUCCUCAUUACUCUGGUCUCGGUUGUAGUGGCUGUGGGAUUCUUUGCUGGGCUUUUCAUCUGUGUGAGAAAUUCCCUGUCCCUGAGAAACGUCUUUGAUACAGCUGUCUACCGCCCCCAUGGCCCCAACCUUGGCACGGGCCCUGGAGGGAAUCACGGAGUCCACCACAGGCCUAGUUGGAGCUCUAACCGGUUCUGGAGGAGACCAGUAUCCUCAAUAGCCAUGGAGAUGAGAAGGGGAUACAAUGGGCCCUGAAUGGCCCCUGAAGCCAGAGUGCUACCUUCUUCAAGGAGAAAGCCAACCUGGGAGACCAGAGACCUGAGUGUCCUUUCAUUUGUCCCCAGGGGUCCCCUCCCAGCUUUGUUUGGGUCUCUGACAGCCCUGGGGAAGACACUCCCUGUCUCUUGCUUUUACUAAACUGUGGAAAGAGGAGACUCUAUUGGUCAUUUAGCUAAGAAAUAAACACAAACAAAAUAUAUGACAGAA